GACUCGGGUGUGGUUACUUUGUGUCUGGAUUCCAGGAGGAGAAACAAUGUGGAGCCGAGUGAUUGGGGCAAUUGGCUCCAUUCUUAGGUCGUUGCUUGACUUCAUUUUGAACCUACUUCAGCUCAAAGUUAAGGGUCCACCAGUCACACUUGAGGACCCAAAUACUAAGUAUCCGCUGAAGUUGAUCGAUAAAGAGAUUGUUUCCCGUGACACCCGGAAGUUCCGCUUUGCCCUUCCUUCUCCAGAGCAUAUCUUAGGCCUGCCAGUUGGGCAACAUAUCUACUUAUCAGCAAAGAUUAAUGGAGAACUUGUGGUCAGGCCGUACACCCCCGUCUCCAGUGAUGAUGAUAAGGGCUGUGUGGAUUUGGUCGUCAAGAUUUACUUUAAAGGUGUUCACCCCAAGUUCCCUGAAGGGGGUAAGAUGUCCCAGUACCUGGAGAGUUUGAGACUGCAAGACGUGAUUGACUUCAGAGGGCCCAGUGGAUUGCUUGUCUACAAGGGAAAAGGACAGUUUGCCAUUCGUCCUGAUAAGAAAUCUGAGGCCAAGAUUCAAAUGGUUAAACAAGUCGGAAUGAUUGCAGGUGGAACUGGUAUAACUCCCAUGCUGCAACUGAUCAGGGCGAUCAUGAAGGAUCCAGAGGAUCACACAAUCUGCCACCUGCUGUUUGCCAACCAGACUGAGAAAGACAUUCUGUUACAAUCUGAGUUGGAAGAAAUUGAGGCUGAGCACCCUCACCGUGUCAUAAUAUGGUACACCCUGGACAGAGCUCCUGAAGGCUGGAAAUACAGUGAGGGAUUUGUGAAUGAACAGAUGAUCAAGGAACACCUUCCCCCAUUUGCCGAUGAUGUGCUUAUUCUGCUUUGUGGUCCUCCGCCAAUGAUACAGUUUGCAUGCAAUCCAAACCUUGACAAACUGGGUUAUAGUCCAAGCUCUCGGUUUGUAUACUGAGUGCAAGUCUGGCCUGUCCAAUACAAAGAUACAGAAGUGUCAGGAACAAUUAAGUUUGGAUUCCUUUUAUUAUAGGGUCCCACUUCGUGCAAGAAACCUAACUGAUCUUUUAAAUUGAGUUGUAUCAUGCCAACAUUAUGCUUUUGUGCUACAGCUGUAGAACUGAAAUAUAUGCUUUUGAAACAUGGGGCAGCCACAUUGGGUAAAAUGUCCCUGGACCUGUUCCAACCCCUUUUUACUGUAACUUAGUGAAACAGUUUUAGACACAGUUCUGGCAUAAAUGCACUGAGGAGGAGCACUUCUGAACAGAUUUGGUGCCUUGUGUUUGCUCUAAGCUUGAGAUGUUUGGUUUUUUGCGUAUCAUUUAUGUUUGCAAUGCUGCAGCGAUGAAGCAGAGUUUGGUGAUGUUUAAAGGAGAUAGAGCUUUCUAUUUGUAUAGAAGGUGCAAGCACAUUUUUCCAGAAGAUAAUGUUGGGGUUAACGAAUCCAAACAAACAGUGUAUAUAAAGAAAGUGACAACAGUUACCACAUGACAUAGUAAGAUGCAAUUUUUGAAUUCCAAAAGGUCAGAUGAACUGACAAUGUAGAGAAGGGAUUACUGUAAAUAGUUUUAAUCUCCAUGUCAGUCCUUAAGUUACUUCUGUUUUGUGUAAAAGACCUUGGAGAGGUUUUAAAUAAACCCCAACUUAAUUUUCAGCUAUUUGGCAGCAGUGAGUACUUGUUUAUUUUUAGGAUGAACCGAGUAUGGAGAGAACGUGGGCUUGUUCCCACCUCAACAAUGGGCAAACUUUGCAUCAUGUUGGACUGUUUAGGAAGUGAAACACAUUUUUUUCACUGUCAAUUGAAUCAUUUUAAUCAACCCAUGGUCUCCAGAAUGGCCAUCAACGUCUGGCCUGAGGUUAAGAAUGGCAAGAUAUGAACUACAGGGACAAGGCAAUGUCUGUGAUGUUCCGAACUUCUGAAGCUGGAGAAAUCUGACAGGCAAGUAUAAGCUUUUGUUGGUCAACAUUAUCAGUCAAUAACUUGUGCAGCCACCUUGAGUGAAUCAAAUUAGGUUUGCUCAGUGCUUCAUACUACUUAGAACUGCCUGAACUGUGCCUCCAUGCUGUCACUUAACCAUUAGCAAUUACUCAGUGAGGUGGAUUCAUGGAGGAAAUAGUAGGUUAUCUGUGCAAUUGUUUAGACACAUUUUUAUGGUACCGAUGGUGAAGUAGAAGUGAAACUUGCUCUGUGGAGUCACCUUUUGUGGGCACAAACCACGACUGCACUACAACAGGUUAUAGAAAUUCAAUGGGGAAUGUUGACAGCUGCUCAAUAUGGCAAACAGGUGAGCAAAACAUCUUGACAAGGAAGUUUUGAGGACAGGGAGCAGAUACCGAAUGUAAAGUUUGCUGAAUGAUAGAAGGCUCACUGGACCUGAAACGUUAACUUUGCUUUGUCUCCUUAUUGUUGAGGGAAGGUUGGAUAAACUCCGGGUUGUUUUCACUGGAAAGAAGGUGACUGAGGGGUGACCUGACAAAUCUACAAAAUUACAAGGGGCAUGGAUGGUGUGGAUCAUAGGCUUUUUCCCAUGGUGGAAAGCUCAAAUGCAAGAGGGAAAGGGCUCAAGGGUGGGGGGGUGGCAGUUUUAUGGGACAAGUAAAAGGAAAAUAUUUUGCAUAGAGUUGGGGGGUACCUGGAAUGCACUGUCACUGGUAUGUUAGCAAUGUUUAAGGUCUACCUUGAUAGACUCAUGAACAGGUGGUUUUCCAAGGGAUAGAAACCAUGGAAGAAAAUAAGUAGCAGGUGUAAGUAAGGACUAGGAAUCGGUUCAGGCUUGGUGGGCCGAAGGGCCUGGGCCUGUGCUGUAUUGUGUUGUAAGCUGCCAGACUUGGUUAUAGAGUCAUACUGCAUGGAAAUAGACCCUUCAAUCCAACCAGAGCAUAAUCCCAAACUAAACCAGACCCACUGGCCUGUGUUUGGGCCCCUAUCCCUCCAAACAUUUCUUAUCCACGUACUUAUCCAAAUGUCUUUUCAGCAUUAUAAUUGUACCCACAUCCAUUACUUCCUCUAGAAGUUUAUUUCACACAUAAACCACUUUUUAAAAAAAAAUAUAGCCCCUCAAUUCUUUUUGAAAUCCUCCUCCCGGUCUUUAAAUCGCUCAGGUAACGACAUUUGGCAUUCACCUUAUCUAUACCCCUCAUUUAUUUUAUAAACCACUAAAGUCAGUUUGAGUUUGUCCAGCAAUUUGUUUUUGUAAGAAUUAAUUUCCUGAUUUGAAUCACUAGGAAAUGGAUUACAGAUUGUCUUGUCUUGUAUUGCAUUAAACUAGUUGAUUAAACAAAUGUCUUCCUUAACCAGUUUUGUUUCGGGUAACUAAGUACCACCUUUGAUUAAAAGCUAUAUAUAAUUUGAAGUUCCUGAAAACAACGCAUUUUUAUGAACCAAUUUUAAAUUACAUUGAAAUAAAAUAAUAUGUCAGUAAAUACUUAGCCCCCUCCUAUUGUGAUAUUUCCCCUGAGUGUCAAAGGCCGAGGGGUGACCUUACAGAAGUUUAUAAAAUCAUGAGGGGCAUGGAUAGGGCAAAUAGACAAGAUCUUUUCCCGGGGUGGGGGAGUCCAAAACUAGAGGGCGUGGGUUUAAGGUGAGAGGGGAAAAAUAUAAAAGGGCAACUUUUUCCACUCGGAAUGGUGCAUGUAUGGAAUGAGCUGCCAGAGCAAGUGGAGGAGACUGGUACAAUUACAACAUUAACAGAUAUAUGGAUGAGUAUGAAUAGGAAUGGUUUGGAGGGUUAUGGACCAAAUGCUGGCAAAUGGGACGAGAUCAGUUUAGGAUAUCUGGUCAAUGUAGGUGAGUUGGCUUGAAAGGUCUGUUUCUGUGCUGGACAUCUCUAUGAAUGUAUGUAACACUUUUUUUUUCUAGUGUACUGGUUGAUUUUUAUUCAAGAUAAAGCACUUCCCAGUUGUUGGAAAGCACAUGUUCUAAGAAGCCUUUCCCGCAAGGGGUCCGAAUGCCAGGUAGCCAUCAGUGAUUUCAAUCUCAAAUGAUUCUCCCAGUGUACUGUUGAGCUAUUGUACUGGUUUCACUUAAGACGUGAAACUAAGGUCCUGCCCACCUUGGGUGAAUGUAAAAGAGCCCUUGGAACUGUUGGAAAAAGGAUUAGUGUUCUGUUAAAAGUUCUCUGUAUGCGGUCAUGGUUCUGAAAAGUUUAAGGUUGAAGACACUUAAGCUCCAACAAUCCUAAUGAGGUCUUACGAUCUUGGGUGGCAGCAUAAAGAGGAGUUGAGCUGAAGAUCUUGAUGGAAAUGCUGAUUUGUCAUCAUUAUCCCAUUGGUCUUUAAGUAUUUAAUAUUUAUCAUUAAACUGUUAGCCCACAGAUGUUGAGUUUCUCUGCAUUUUCUAUUUUAUUUCAGAUUUCCAGUAUCUGCAAUAAUUUUGUUUUUGUUGUCAUUAAUUCCUGAUAGAUGACAAUUAAAGACUAACUAGCCAAUGUAACUUGUACCUGUUGCUAUCAUGCAAUAAACUACAUCUUAUUAAGACAAGUGCCUCCUAAGACACACACUAUUGAUUCAAUCUCUACCUCUGUUAAUCUAACAGAAUCCUUAAACACACUAUAGGAAGGAUUGCUUAGAGGCCUUUAAGCACUGCAGGAGCUAAGGUGCAUCAUCAUUUGGAAUAAUGCAAUUUUGAUUGAUUACCUUUUUACGUUUCCGUUAAUGAUUAAUUUUGUGGUGUAGUAGUAGUGCCCCUACCACUGGCUCAGUAGGUCAAUGCUCAACUUCCCCAGACAUGUCAUAACAUGACUGAGUGGGUUAAUUAAAAUCCCCCUAGAAAGCUGGAUUGAGGUCCCCCACCAAGGUUUGUCUGAACAAUUUUAUUGUCAACUUAAGAGCAGUAAGAUGGAGUGGAUCAUCAAUCCUGGGUAUAAUACUUUAAUGUAAGUUUUUUUUUGAUAUUUCUGGGAAUGUUUUGAUUUUUCAGUGCUCCACCAGGGACUGAUUGGAAUGUAAUUGAUUUUAUUAAGAGUAGAAGAAAUAAAUUGUAGCAUGCUCCCCAAACCAUUAGCUGAUGGUGAUUAGUUCCUUGAUGUAUACAACAUUCUGGUUGCUCUUGAUCCUUGCCCAAUAAAAAUUAUCUGAUCAUUUAUCUUAUGACAGUUGGACAAACUUGCUGAAUGCAGAUGAACUUCUGUGUGUUACCUGCAACAGUAACAAUGCAUGAUGCUUGUAGUUGUGAGGCCUUUUAUAAAAAGGCAACCUAUUAAGUUUGGCUUGUAUUCUUCUUGACUUUGUAACCUUUAGAGAGAUUGCUUGAAUGAGCAACAAAAACAUGCUUUGUGUUUCAUUUUACAAUAUACAAGAAAGUCUAUUCACAUUCAUUAUUGUACAUAUGUUAAUGGAGCAAAAUAAAGUUAUUGAAUAACAAA